AUGUUUGUUCGUCAGUUGUUGGGCCUUCUGGCCGUAGGCACUGGCCUGGCUACGGCUGUCAAUCUCACUGGAUACGAGUAUGUGGUUGUGGGAUCUGGCGCCGGUGGUGGCCCGUUAGCUGCUCGCCUGGCUCUCGCAGGGCAUAAGACUCUGCUGAUCGAGGCCGGUGAUGAUCAGGGUCUGAACCUCAACUAUUCUAUUCCCGCCUACUCGGCAAAGGCCUCGGAGGAUGAGGAGAUGUCCUGGAACUUCUUCGUUCGCCAUUACGCAGAUGAGGAGAGACAAGCCCGCGACUAUAAAACAAGCUAUGAAACUCCGGGUGGUGAGAUCUAUACCGGUCUGAACCCACCGGAGGGCUCAACCAUGAAGGGAACCCUCUAUCCUCGCACGGGAACCCUAGGUGGUUGCACUGCGCACAAUGCCCUGAUUGCGAUCUAUCCUCACCAGUCCGACUUCGAAUACAUUGCCACCCUUACCGGGGAUGGCUCUUGGUCUCCAGAUAACAUGCGCAAGUACUUUGCCAAGUUAGAGAACAACAACUACCUCCUCCCUGGACAGAAAGGCCAUGGCUACGACGGCUGGCUCCAUACCGAGACCGCCCCACUCAGCCUGGUUUUGGAGGACCCCCAGCUGCUCAGCUUGCUCCUGGGCGGUGCUUUCGCUCUCGGUAAUCAUACAAACACGAUCUUCAACGUUGGAACCCUUCUUGCCGGUGAUGCGAAUGCCGACAAGGAGACCCGCGAUACCAAGCCGGGCUAUUACCAGAUCCCGAUCUCCACCAACGACGCCCACCGGAAUGGACCCCGCGAGUUCAUCCUCGCUGUCCGCGAUGCUAAGAACGACGACGGGAGCAAGAAGUAUCCAUUGGAUGUGCGCACCAACUGUUUCGUCACCAAAGUUACCUUCGACGAGUCUGAGAACCCACCCCGCGCUACCGGCGUUGAAUUUCUCGAUGGCCAACACCUCUACCGCGCCAGCCCCCUCGCCAACGACUACUCCAAGGGAACACCAGGUACAGCGCAGGCCUCGCGCGAAGUCAUCGUCGCCGGUGGCGUGUACAACUCCCCCCAACUCCUCAAACUGAGCGGUGUCGGCCCAGCCGAGGAGCUCCAGAAGUUCGGAAUCAAGGUUAUCUCCGACCUGCCGGGCGUGGGAACCAACCUGCAGGAUCACUACGAGAUCACCGUGCAGGGCCACGUCCCCAAGGACUGGGCCGUCCUAGACGGCUGCACCUUCAGCGAGAAUGGCGAAGCCGACCCCUGCAUCGACCGAUGGGAAACCCCCACCCCUAUCCUGAAAGACCGGGGCAUCUACUCUUCCUCCGGACUAGCGGCGACGAUGUUCUAUAAGAGCAGUGUGACGGCCGACGACUCUUACGAUGUGUUUGUCUUCGGUGGUCCAGUCAAUUUCCGUGGUUACUUCCCCAACUACAGUAUCAAUGCCACCAGUGAGCAUGACUGGUUUACCUGGGCUAUUUUGAAGGGUCAUCCCCGUAACUCCGCGGGCAGCGUCACUCUCCGGUCUGCCGAUCCGCUUGAUAUGCCCGAGAUCGUGUUCAACUACUUCGACACUGGCGUGGGUGACUAUGAUGCCGAUUUGCAGGCGCUCUAUGAGGCGGUCGAGCUAAGUCGCGAGGCGUUCGAUCGUCAGCUCGUGGAGGUCACUGAGGUGCUCCCCGGGGCUGAUGUGAAGACCAAGGAGGAUAUCCAGCAGUAUGCGAAGGAUACAGCUUGGGGACACCAUGCCUCUUGUACGUGCCCUAUCGGUGCGGAUGACGAUCCGAUGGCGGUCUUGGACGCAAAAUUCCGGGUCCGUGGUGUCAGUGGGCUUCGUGUGGUUGAUGCUUCAGUUUACCCCAAGAUUCCCGGCACCUUUACCGCUGUUUCGACUUAUAUUGUUGCCGAGAAGGCAGCGGAUGAGAUUCUGUCUGAGUUGAACUAG